AUGUCCAAACUUACCCAUAGCCUUAUGCUCCAAGUCUUCAAAUACUGCAGCGCAAUUGCUACGAGAGCGUUUCCUCAUAUAAGCCUGACACCAGCUGAACCUUCCCAACGCCAGGGAUGUCAAAUUUUGGUUUUGAAAGAGUUGAAUCAUGUUUCGACAGAUCCAAAAACCCUGGUGGUUAGCAGUGGAGAAGUUGAAGGUGUGGAGGAGCUUCGUGUAGAUCUCAGGCUCGUAGGUGGGCAGGGUGAGACGGUUGAGCUCAGUGAGCACGUGGCAAUUUGGAUUGAAAGGGAAGCGGGUGGGGUGAAGAGUUCCUGGAAAUAG